CGCCUUUCCUAGAAUGACAUGUUCAAUGUACAGAGUUUUUGUACAGUAAAAUUUUCUGAAUUGUUAUUUACUCAAACUGAUGAAAGUGAUUAACGUUUUCAUUCACAUUAACGUAAUUACGUGGAUAUAUGUUGCGAAUAGACACUACGGAUCAAUGGGUCAAUAUGCAGUAGAUGAAAUGCGUUAAAAGAUAUGUUUUCUAGUAAAGAUAAUUUAACAACGAAUUUUUUGCUAAAUGAGACCAGAAGAUCUGUUAUGGAUCAAUUUUACAAGGAAUACUGUAUAUGUGACUUAUCAAAUUAUCCAAAUCAGCAGCUUGCUCUUAGAUGGAGAACGAAGUUGGAAGUCAUAUCUGGUAAAGGAGAACUCAUUUGUAGUAAUAAAAACUGUAGCUCAAAAGAUAGUCUCACAUCAUGGGAAAUAAACUUCAAGUAUUCCGAAAAUGGUCAAAGUCUGAAUUCAUUUGUAAAACUAAACACUUUUUUCUUCUACGAUCUAAUGUCAUAAAAUUCUGAGUAAAUAUUGGAAACUUCUUAA